AUGAUGAUGAUGGGCGAUACAUUUGGAAGCAUAGGCUCAGGCAUGGCAAGUUUGUUCUUUAUUUGGGCAACAAUUCAACAAAUCUUCCCUAAUCACAUGAAGAUUGCAAUCAAAGAGUUUCUUUUGUCUUCAUUCCAACAACUCUGUUUCGCUCAAAGUGUUUCUGAUCAUUUUACCAACUUCUUCUCUCCUUAUGUGGAGAUUAACUUCCCGGAGAGUGAUGGAUACCGUCUCAACCACGCUUUCUCAGCCAUCGAGACCUACCUUGGGUCAAAAGCAACCGACAAAUCCAAACAUCUCAAAGGAAGCCAAGUGAAGGAAAACAAAGAUCUGGUCUUGAAACGAGACGAGGCUAAGGUCAGAGACGAAUACAAAGGAGCUAAUGUUUGGUGGGAGAUUGUGACUAGUUCCGAUGGAGAAAGAUCUUUCAAGCUCACUUUUCACAACCGUGCAAGGAGUCUCAUAACCGAUUCAUAUGUACAAUAUGUAGUUGAAGAAGGCAAAUUGAUCGAAGCCAAGAAAAAGCAGACGAAGUUGUUCACGAAUAACCCUAGUUCUCAAUGGGUUUACGGCCAGAACAUGUGGAGACAUAUCGAGUUUGAGCAUCCGGCGAGUUUUGAGACAUUAGCCAUGGAUCCAGAGAAGAAAGAAGAGAUCACGAGUGACCUUGUAGCAUUCAGCAAUGGGAAAGAGUACUACAAGAAGAUAGGGAAAGCUUGGAAGCGAGGCUACUUGUUGUAUGGACCACCAGGAACCGGUAAGUCCACCAUGAUUUCAGCCAUGGCUAACUUCUUGAACUAUAACAUCUAUGAUCUUGAACUCACGGCUAUAAAGGACAACUCGGAGUUGAGGAAACUGCUUACAGCGACAUCUAGCAAGUCAAUUGUUGUGAUUGAGGACAUAGAUUGCUCUGUAGAUCUCACCGGUAACAGAAUUAAGAAGGACAGAAACACGAGGGGUCAAAAGAAUGGAGAACAAGAUAAAGACGAAACCUCGGUAACACUCUCUGGGCUUCUAAACUUCAUUGAUGGUAUUUGGUCGGCUUGUGGGCAAGAAAGGAUUGUUGUGUUCACAACGAACCACUUGGAAAAACUAGACCCGGCUUUGAUCAGGAGAGGAAGAAUGGAUAUGCACAUUGAGUUGUCUUACUGCACUCACGAAGCUUUCAAGAUUCUUGCCAAGAACUACCUGGAUCUUGGUGAUCAUCCUCUGUUCGGGAAAAUCGAGUCUUUGUUGAAGGAGAUAGAGAUUUCUCCAGCUGAUGUCGCAGAGAACUUGAUGGCAAGAAAUCAUCUAAUAGACGUUGAUGGAUCUUUGAACAAUCUGAUCAAAGCUCUGGAGGAUAAGAGGAACAGACAGAGGAGCCAAAACGAUGGAGACAAGAAGAAAAACAACAAAUUCAGUUUCUUUUGA